AUGCCCCACACCUCGCGCAAAAAACACCCUCACCCCAACAACACCUUACAAGCGCAAAAACGACUCCAAAUCACCGACGCCACUACCGGCUGGACGCAUGUCACCACCAGCGGCAAAGCGCGCCGCUGUGCGCGCACCACCAAAGACCAACAAUCACAAUCCCAAUUCCAAUCGCCAACAGAAGAAGAAAAAGAACCAGAAACAUUCCACCCCGCCGAAGCCCCACCCACCACCACCCUCGACUCCCUCAAAUCGCAAUUCACUCAGAUCCAACGCACAUGGAAAGAAUCAACUACGUGCGAUGUGGUGGGGAGGACGCUUCACAAUAUCUUCCUUCCUCCUCAAUUACAAUCACGAGAGUUAAAUACGGAUAAUACACAACCACAAUCGCAUACUACAACAGAGAAUAAGCAUAAUGGGAUAGGAACAGGGAUUGAUUCCAUAAUCUGCAUCGGUCUCGGCAGUCCGAGCGGAUUCCUUCGUGGAGGAUGGGUCGAUCGGCGAUUAGUUUCGCUGUAUCAGUUGGCUGCGUUGGUGGAUGUCAUCGCCUCUAUCUCUUCCUCUUCUUCUUCUGCUGCUGAUCCAACAAUAAAAACCUACGCCCAAGACCCCGUCUUCAACACACUCGACACGGCCCUCCUCUCUAGCCUUGACAUCACCGUCCUCGAGUCCCCGCAUGCCUUCGAGAAAGUAACUCCCCGUACGUUCCUCUUCUGUCCUGGUGCGGAGCGCACACAUCUUGAGCAGUUAUUGGCGCUGGAUCCGGCGUUUGUGUUUGGGGGACCGUUGGAAGAUGUCGAGUCGGAGGUGGUGAGUGCGUUUGUGAAGAGGAGGGGGUCGGUACGGUUGCCGCUGUUUGAGGCGCAGGAACAUGCGUUCUGGAACAUGCGGGUAUAUUAUCCCUUGGAGAAGGAGGGGGAGGAGUAG